ACUCCUUUUGCUUCUCCCUUCUGGUCUCACACUUCUGAGGAAUCAUCUCCUUGGCCUGGGUUUUCAUCCGUGAGCUGAAUCAAGCCAAGAUACAUGUCUGGGCAGCUUCCCUGUAGCACAGACGAAAGAAAACAGCAACAUGGAACAGGAGAAGUGGAUUUAAACUUGAAUUUCAUCAGCGAGCUCAGUGCCUGCCUGCAGAUGGUGUCCAUUGUCAGUGCUGCCCAACGUGUGCCAGGCUGAUCCAUGGUCACUUUCCGGGAUGGCAGCAAGGUGACUUCAGCUGAGGAUGACCCUGACUGAAAGGCUGCGUGAGAAGAUAUCUCAGGCCUUCUACAACCAUGGGCUGUUCUGUGCGUCCUACCCCAUCCCCAUCAUUCUCUUCACGGGGCUUUGCAUCUUAGCCUGCUGCUACCCACUGCUGAAACUCCCGUUGCCAGGAACAGGACCCGUGGAAUUCACCACUCCUGUGAAGGAUUACUCGCCCCCGCCUGUGGCCUCUGACCACAAGCCAGAAGAGCCUAAUGAGCAGCCAGAGUGGUACGUGGGUGCCCCGGUGGCUUAUAUCCAGCAGAUAUUUGUGAAGUCUUCAGUAUCUCCCUGGCACAAGAACCUCCUGGCAGUAGAUGUGUUCCGCUCACCUCUUUCCCGGGCAUUCCAGCUGGUGGAGGAGAUCCGGAACCAUGUGCUGAGAGACAGCUCCGGGACCAGGAGCCUGGAGGAGGUAUGCCUGCAGGUGACCGACCUGCUGCCAGGCCUCAGGAAGCUCCGGAACCUCCUACCCGAGCACGGAUGCCUGCUGCUGUCCCCUGGGAACUUCUGGCAGAAUGACCGGGAACACUUCCAUGCUGAUCCUGACAUCAUCGGAACCAUCCAUCAACACGAACCUAAAACCCUGCAGACCUCGGCCACGCUCAAAGACUUGCUGUUCGGUGUCCCUGGAAAGUACAGUGGAGUGAGCCUUUACACCAGGAAGAGGCUGGUCUCGUAUACCAUCACCCUGGUCUUCCAGCACUAUGAUGCCAGGUUUCUGGGCAGCCUGCGGGCCCGCCUGAUGCUCCUGCACCCCAGCCCCAACUGCAGCCUUCGGGCAGAGAGCCUGGUCCACGUGCACUUCAAGGAGGAGAUUGGCAUCGCUGAGCUCAUCCCCCUUGUGACCACCUACAUCAUCUUGUUUGCCUACAUCUACUUCUCCACGCGCAAGAUCGACAUGGUCAAGUCCAAGUGGGGGCUGGCUCUGGCCGCCGUGGUCACAGUGCUUAGCUCGCUGCUCAUGUCGGUGGGGCUCUGCACACUCUUCGGCCUGACGCCCACCCUCAACGGCGGUGAGAUUUUCCCCUACCUCGUGGUGGUCAUUGGGCUCGAGAACGUGUUGGUGCUCACCAAGUCAGUGGUCUCCACCCCAGUGGACCUCGAGGUGAAGCUGCGCAUCGCCCAAGGCCUAAGCAAUGAGAGCUGGUCCAUCAUGAAGAACAUGGCCACAGAGCUGGGCAUCAUUCUCAUUGGCUACUUUACCCUUGUGCCUGCCAUCCAGGAGUUCUGUCUUUUUGCCGUCGUGGGCCUGGUGUCUGACUUCUUCCUUCAGAUGUUGUUUUUCACCACUGUCCUGUCCAUUGACAUUCGCCGGAUGGAGCUAGCGGACCUGAACAAGCGGCUGCCUCCUGAGGCCUGCCUGCCCCCAGCUAAGCCAGCGGGGCGGCCAGCACGCUUCGAGCGGCAGCUGGCUGUGCGGCCGUCCACACCCCACACCAUCACACUGCAACCGUCCUCCUUCCGAAACCUGCGGCUCCCCAAGAGGCUGCGUGUCGUCUACUUCCUGGCCCGAACCCGCCUGGCACAGCGCCUCAUCAUGGCUGGCACCGUUGUCUGGAUUGGCAUCCUGGUGUACACAGACCCAGCAGGGCUGCGCACAUACCUCACUGCCCAGGUGACCGAGCAGAGCCCUCUGGGCGAGGGCGCCCUGGCUUCCAUGCCUGUGCCUAGUGGUGUGCUGCCUGCCAGCCACCCGGACCCCGCCUUCUCCAUCUUCCCACCUGGUGCCUCUAAGUUACCCGAGAACCAGACAUUGCCAGGGGAGCUGCCCGAGCCUGGGGCUCCAGCUGAGGGCAUCCAUGAUAGCCCAGCCCCAGAGGUAACCUGGGGGACUGAGGAUGAGGAACUUUGGAGGAAGUUGUCCUUCCGCCACUGGCCAACGCUCUUCAGCUACUACAACAUCACACUGGCCAAGAGGUACAUCAGCCUGCUGCCUGUCAUCCCAGUCACGCUCCGCCUGAACCCGAGGGAGGCCCUGGAGGGGCGGCACCCUCAGGACGGCCGCAGUGCCUGGCCCCCGCCGCGGCCUGGGCAGGGUGGGCUCUGGGAGGCCGGCCCCAAGGGGCCAGGCACGGCGCAGGCGCACAGAGACAUCACCCUGUACAAGGUGGCAGCACUCGGCUUGGCCUCGGGCAUCGUCCUCGUGCUGCUGCUGCUCUGCCUAUACCGCGUGCUCUGCCCUCGCAACUACGGGCAACCCGGCUCGGGGCCCGGGCGGCGGCGGCGUGGGGAGCUGCCCUGUGAUGACUACGGCUACGCGCCACCCGAGACAGAGAUUGUGCCCCUGGUGCUGCGCGGGCACCUCAUGGACAUCGAGUGUCUGGCCAGUGAUGGGAUGCUGCUGGUGAGCUGUUGCCUGGCAGGCCACGUGUGUGUGUGGGACGCGCAGACUGGAGACUGCCUCACUCGCAUCCCACACCUGGGCAGGCAGCGCCAGGACAGUGGUGUUGGCAGCGUGUUGGAGGCUCAGGAGAGCUGGGAACGGCUGUCGGACGGUGGGAAGGGUGGCCCAGAGGAGCCUGGGGACAGUCCUCCACUACGGCAUCGUCCCCGGGGCCCUCCGCCAACUUCCCUCUUCGGGGACCAGCCGGACCUCACCUGCUUGAUCGACACCAACUUCUCAGCGCAGCCACAGCUCCUAGAGCCCGCUCAGCCCGAGCCCCGGUACCGGGCGGGCUGCCGCCGUGCUCAGGCCUCCCCAGGCUAUGACUUCAGCCACCUGGUGCAGCGACUGUACCAGGAGGAGGGAAUGGCUCCCGUCCACACACCAGCCCUGCGCCCACCCUCGCCCGGGCCCACGCUGCCCCAGGCCCCUGAGGACGAGGGGGGCUUUCCUCCCGAGAAGGGCUCCCCUUCCCUCGCCUGGGCCCCCAGCGCAGAUGGCUCCAUCUGGAGCCUGGAGCUGCAGGGCAGCCUCAUCGUGGUGGGGCGGAGCAGUGGCCGGCUGGAGGUGGGCAGAGGGGACGUCUGUGCAGGGGGUUUGUGGGCCCUCCUAGCUUGCAGGUGCUCACAGCCUCUGGGCCUGCAGGUGUGGGACGCCAUCGAGGGCACUCUGCGCUGCAGCAGCGAGGAGGUCUCCUCGGGCAUCACGGCCCUCGUCUUCCUGGACAAAAGGAUUGUGGCUGCCCGGCUCAACGGUUCCCUUGAUUUCUUCUCCUUGGAGACUCACACUGCCCUCAGCCCCCUGCAGUUCCGAGGGGCCCCGGGGCGGGGCAGUUCCCCCACAUCCCCUAUGUACAGCAGCAGUGAUGCAGUGGCUUGUCACCUGACCCACACGGUGCCCUGUGCACACCAGAAGCCCAUCACAGCCCUGAAGGCAGCUGCCGGGCGCCUCGUGACUGGGAGCCAGGACCACACACUGAGAGUGUAUCGUCUGGAGGACUCAUGCUGCCUCUUCACCCUGCAAGGCCACUCAGGGGCCAUCACGACUGUGUACAUUGACCAGACCAUGGUGCUGGCCAGUGGAGGACAAGAUGGGGCCAUCUGCCUGUGGGAUGUGCUGACGGGCAGCCGGGUCAGCCACAUGUUCGCUCACCGUGGGGAUGUCACCUCCCUCACCUGUACCACCUCCUGUGUCAUCAGCAGUGGCCUAGAUGACCUCAUCAGCAUCUGGGACCGCAGCACAGGCAUCAGGCUCUACUCCAUUCAGCAGGACCUGGGCUGUGGUGCAAGCUUGGGUGUCAUCUCAGACAACCUGCUGGUGACCGGCGGCCAGGGCUGUGUUUCCUUUUGGGACCUAAACUACGGGGACCUGUUACAGACAGUCUACCUGGGGAAGAACAGUGAGGCCCAGCCGGCCCGCCAGAUCCUGGUGCUGGACAAUGCUGCCAUUGUCUGCAACUUUGGCAGCGAGCUCAGCCUAGUAUACGUGCCCUCUGUGCUGGAGAAGCUGGACUGAGGGUGGGCCUCCCUGCCCGUCUGGCUGGGGUGCUCUGUGGGGCAAUGUGCUGGACCUGGACUGGGGAAAGAGCUGAAUCUUUGGGAAGCUGCCUCUGAACUGUCCUGUCCUGCCUCAUGACUGUAAUAUUAAACUUUUUUUUAAAAAUCACA